ACACAGGGCACAUGCUGGAACCUUCUCACAGUGUUUGUCGAAAUAAUUAUUGUUCCCGUAUCACAUUAUCCUCCUUUGUCUCAAUUAAUGGAUCCAUUUUGAGGGAAGUUAACCGCCCGCGGUGAGCAAACUUCGCGCCAAAUCUACUUCGCGCCGCCUAAACAGACUAAAUGUAAUACAAUUAAAAAUCUUACCUAUAAUUAAACUUUUAUUUCUUGAAUCGAUAUAUUUAGGGUGUAUUUACAGCGUAUUACGGUAGAUAAACACUUAUUUCCUCUCAGGGUCUCUCAACAAGACCACCAGUCCAGUUCGCACCUUGUUAACACCGCCAUUAGAUUUGCUUUACAUUCGCUGAUUGCUGAUUUACAUUUGCGACUAAAUAGCAGCUCUUUACGGCUGUUGACCGAAGACUUUUCCAACAUCAUAUAAAGCCCUGCCAAUCUGGGGUUUCUUCAUUCAGUCCAGCUCCAGCAAACAAAGAAGAUCUCUUGAGGACCAGUCAACAUGUUGACCGCAGUGAUCUGGAUCUCCGUGAUGGGACUCUCCAUCUGCAGACCGUCCGAGAAUCAGCUGAACACCGAGUCUGAAGAAGUGCGCUCGGAGGCCAUCAAGAGGCUUUUGGAGGUGUUUGGGAUGGAGGAUCCUCCUGCUGCUCUGGUUCGGGGACACAAACAGCCUCCUCAGUACAUGCUGGACCUGUAUAACACCAUCGCAGAUGUGAACGGAGUCACCAAAGACCCGACGCUCCUGGAAGGAAACACCGUCCGCAGUUUCUUCAAUAAACUGCACAGCGAACAAAUCGAGUUUCUCUUCAACAUGUCCAUGGUGGCUAAGAGCGAGAAGAUCCUCACUGCCGAGCUUCAUCUGUUCAAGCUCAGACCACAAGCAUCGCUCACAUUCAACAGACAGCACUUCUGUCAGGUCAGUGUCUAUCAGGUUCUUGAUAGCAGCAAGAAAAACGUCUCACAAGGGAAGAAACUGCUUUCGUCCAGACUGGUGCCCAUCCACUCCAGCGGCUGGGAGGUGUUUACCAUCACUCAAGCUGUGCGCUCCUGGAUGUUGGAUGAGGGCAGUAAUCUGGGGCUCCUGGUCUCGGUCAGGACUUUAGCAGGUCUUCAGAUGGACCCGAAAACUGUGCGUUUCGCAUCAGGCCAAAACCACCAUCACAGCAAACAGCCCAUGCUGGUCCUCUUCACCGACGACGGCAGACGGGCCGCUUCUCUGGAGCUCACGCCUAAAGGUUCAGAUGAUUCUCCGGUUGGACAGAGGCUCCCGUUUCCCAGCCUCCCUCUCUCAGCUACGGCUCGUCGCAGCGCUCGCUCCAUAGACUAUGAUGAGAGCGGGGAGAAGAUGCCGUGUCAGCGUCUGCCGCUCUAUGUGGACUUCGAGGAGAUCGGCUGGUCCGGCUGGAUCGUGUCUCCGCGUGGAUACAACGCUUACCACUGCAAAGGCUCCUGUCCGUUUCCUCUGGGUCAGAACAUGAGGCCCACCAACCACGCCACGGUCCAGUCCAUCAUCAACGCCCUCAAACUGACCAAAGGCAUCGAGACGCCCUGCUGCGUGCCGGACAAGCUCUUCAGCAUUAACCUGCUGUACUUUGACGACGAUGAGAACGUGGUUCUGAAGCAGUAUGAUGACAUGGUGGCCGGCAGCUGCGGCUGUCACUGACCAGCCUCAUUCACCAAUCUGGACUGGACUGUAAAAUAUGUAAAUACAGAUCAAAUUUUAAUAUAUGGAGGAGAUGAGUUGGUUGCUUGUAAAUUUGUAUAUUGCAUGUUGUGAACUAUUAUAUUAUAAACUAAAUAAAUUCUUACACAAAAAUGA